UGGUCCUCAAGCAUGGCGGAGCUGCUGCAGGAGGAGGCAAGGGGGUGGGGGGGGCUCUCGUAUAAAUGGCGACCAGCGCUGCAUAAAUUUCCACCUUCUUAUUCCCCACUGUGAUGUGUGUGUGUUUAGUGCGGAUCACAGGAACGCACCACAAAUUGUAAUCAUUUACGCGAUCGAAGCAGUGUCUUCUUUCUUCCCGGGACCUGUGUUGGUUCCCGAAGGACCUUGAGGUUUCGUCGUGCCUGUGUGAAUCAUUGGCUGAUUGCGAUCUGUUCGCAAUCGGUGUGGAACCGUGGCUAAGGAUUACCGAAACCUUGUCCAGGGCGCUUCAUUAACGUAAUUGAUAGGAAGAAGUCUUAACGCGCGGAGUUUCUAUUGUUCGACAAGGACUUUCAUCGGUGUAGUUGGGAAUUAUUUUCUCUGUGCGAGCUCACUACGGUCUUCUUCUGCGUCGCGGUGGUUCCGAGGAGAAAUUUGUGCGGACAUGGCUUCCUACGUUUUCAAGAUCAAGCAUGGCGAUGUUGUGCGCCGCUUUACUGUGCAACCCUCCGUUCCUGGCGGUGGGCCUGACAUGAACUUCAGCCAACUUGAGGAUACAAUCCGUCAAGCAUUCAAGCUUCCUGCUUCAUCUGACCUCGUCAUAAAUUACAAUGACAAGGAUGGUGAUGUUGUGACCAUGGCUGGUGAUCAUGAUCUCUAUGACGCAUGCGUUAUUCAAGAGUUGAAUCCUCUGCGCUUAACAGUCACUGCUCAUGAAUCCUAUCCUGGCCAUCACGGUGGUCGGUGGGAGCAUAAACAUGGUCAUCGCCACGGUCGUCCACACUCUUAUACAGAGUUGAAGGUGCCUGACUUGAAGGAUUUCUUCAGUAAUACAAUGAAGAUGUCGGUGGAUGCUGUACAGCAAACUAUGGACUACACGCAACAAAUUUUACAAGCUUGUGAGCCUCUGAUCAAGGGGGCUCCGUCGGCGGUGGUAUCUGAAGUGAUGGAGGCGAUCACGAAAGUGGCCGCUUCUGCUCAAUCAGGAGCAGCAAAAGGAGCAACAUCUUCACUACCAAAGCCUAAUUCGGAAAAUUUCCCCAACUUUGCAUCCGGCUGCCAAGCUCCUGACCAUGCUGCUCCUGGUCAGAAUUGCGACAAAGACCAUGUCUCUCCUGCCCCUGCCCAGUACGCCAAGGCUGCUGUUCAUCAUGUAGGGGUUCAGUGUGACGUGUGUGGCAUGGUUCCUAUUGUUGGUAGUCGUUACAAAUCCAACAAGAAGCAUGAUUAUGACUUGUGUCAGCAAUGCUUUCAAGAAUGUGGAAAAAUUGAGGACUACACGCAGAUUGAACGCCCAAUCUGGCGUCCUAAUUUCUUGAACCCACAAUUUGGACGUGGACGUAUGCGGUGUCCGGCGUUUUUCCCCCAUGGAGGAAGACCGUUCUUUAACGGGCGUGGUCCUCAUAUGCACGGCCCUGAUGCCUUCCAUGGUUUUCACGGUUCCCACGGUCAUAGGAGUGACUUACGCUGUGGAGGUGCUUUUGGCCCUGUUGGAGGAAAGUUGGACGCUAGGUUUGUGCAAGACGUGACAAUUUUCGACGGAACGGAAUUUGCACCCGGAACUGCAUUCACCAAAAUUUGGCGGUUGCGGAACAGUGGCUCUUGUGCAUGGCCGAAGUCGACCAAGUUGAUUCAUGUCGGGGGUGAUGACUUAGGAUUUGUUCUCCCGGUUGAUCUCGAGUUGCCUGAAGAGGGUCUGGCUCCAGAUGGUGAAGCGGAGGUUUCAGUUGAUUUUAUAGCCCCUCAGAAAGCAGGGCGCUAUGUAUCUCACUGGCGCUUGGUUUCUCCCACUGGCCAAAAGUUUGGUCAUCGUUUCUGGGUUUUGAUCCAUGUUGUUCCCAAGGAUGAGCAAUCUCCACAAGUGAUGGAGUCGUUAAUGGCAUCAUCCCAAUCCUCUGAGGAGGACGCUUUUAUGAUGGAUCCGGAGGCUGUGGAAGGUGCACAAAUUCCUGCAACGAUCACACCUAAAUCAACGGAGAAUGAUGUUGACGGAGAUGCAACUGUGCAGAAGGUUGGAGCUGAAAAUGUCCAUGUUCCGGAGCUGGAGACUACGGGCAAUAAACUAGAACUUGAAAAGGAAGUUGAAGUCGCACCUGGAACGCUGCGCUACCCAGAAAUAAGCUUGGAAUCUCUCGUUGUGGACUCCGAGAUGACUGAUGCUGGAAAGGCAAAGGUAGAGGGUACUUCUGUGGAAGAUGGCGAAUUCUUCAUGGUGAAUUCGGCCACCAUCACCGAAAUCCCGGUUCAGGAGCCUGAUUCAGAGAUGACUGCCAAUCCUGGAGUGGUUACACUUGAUGAUGAAGCAGCUGAUUCUGGCAAGGAGGAGAUGGUGAUGAUUGCAGGGGCCGAGUCAGAGUCGAACGCUGUAGAUGCGUUGUUGGAGACGCUUGAUUCCAUGGGUUUCAAGCAGCGAGAUUUUAAUCAGAUGUUGCUGAAGAAGAACGAGUAUGACUUGCAACGUACCCUUGAUGACCUGGUCAUGGCAGCCGAGAGGGAGUCCCUGCUUGAAGAGCUGGAAGAAAUGGGGUUUUACGACACCAACUUGAACCGUCAGCUGAUGCUCAAGCAUAAUGGUAGCGUUAAACGUGUUGUCAAGGAGCUUGUCCAGAUGUACAAGGAUCCUAAAGGCAAGCAGCAGGUUUAAGUCUGAAGCUGCAGCGGGUUUUUUUAAUGAUCUUUCAUUAGCUUGGCUUCCAAUGCUGAAUAUUCCUGGACUUAUUCUCGGAGCAAACUUUGUACGUAGCGGGUCUAGAAUAAGUGACUACACUUGCAGUCGUGUGAUGUUCCUAGGGGUUUGAAAUUACCCGCACUGUUUUCGGUGAUCUUCUGACUGAAAAUCCUUUGAAUAAUAUAACUAUAUUGUGUGCACAUUUCAAUGUUUUA